AUGGAUUUCAUCACCAACAAUAGCUUCGACCUCAAGCGACGCUUCUCACGGCGCUCGAAAUCCUCCAAAGCCUCAGCACCCACAUCAUCACCCGCCAUCAUCCGCCCAACAAUCGACACUUCCUCUGGCAUCAUCGCCAUCCGUUACGACUCACCCGAGGCCUCCGCAACUAACACGCCCGUCAGCGAAAAAUCAGACAGCAGCUUCGACAGCUCAAGCAUCAGCACCGCCGAUAAGCCGACGCCGGUGCGGCCCAGCAUACCAAAACGGAGCGCUAGUCGACGAAAUACCACGAACUCAGUGCCGACCGUCUUAUCGAAUAGCAGGGCGAGACAGACGGCGACGCCGCCGCGCUCGAUCGCAGAGACGCUGGCAGCAUACGAAGACUCGGCGCCGCCGCCACCGAUACCGCCAAAGUCGCCUUAUCGGGCUUCGAGGCUGAUGGUGCAGUUGCAGCAGGAGCUGGCUGAGUCACCGGACGAGGAGCAUCUAGAGGCCGGGAGGGAAGAGUAUCCGCCUCUAGAGCUGCAGCGGUCGUUCUACAUUGAGGAGGAAGACGAGGAUGAGGAUGACAUGGACGUUGCCGAGCGGCUGAGUGUGAGGACUGUGUAG